AUGGGUAAAAAUCUUGAUCUUCCACGUAAAGAAACUAUAUUUAUUGGAAGAAGUAGUUCGUGUGAUUUGAAAAUUCAAGGCAUUGAUGUCUCAUCUAAACAUUGUAAAUUUGUUUUAGUUCAUGCCGGGAAUAGUGGUGAACGAUUAAACGUGUUUGAUUUGUCGUCCAAUGGUUUAAAGAUUAAUGGUGAACUUUUAGGGAAGGGAUCAAGUGUAAUAUUGAAGACUGGUGAUGUGUUGACGUUUGCUAAAACUGGAGGUAGUUUUAUAUUCCGAUAUAUUCGAGAUGUGAAAGAGGAAGGACAAGAACAAACCCUGAAAGGUUCAUUUUUUGAUGAUUAUAUUCUUGGUAGACAAUUGGGAUCGGGCCAUUAUGCUGUGGUUAAAGAAGCCAAAGAUAAGAAAACUGGUAAAAUUGUUGCCGUGAAGAUAUUCCAUCCAAACAAGUCUGGAAGUAGUAGUAAAACCGAAGAUGAAAAAUUACAACAAGAAAUGAAUUUGUUAUUGAGCAUAGAUCAUCCAAAUAUUGUGAAGUUUGUAAGUCAUUAUGUUGAACCUAUUAAUGAUCAUUCGGUUAAUACUUAUUUAGUAUUGGAAAAGAUGAAUAGUGGAGAAUUGUUUCAAAGAAUUGUAAACAAAUCCAAACUUAGAGUUGAUGAAACUAAAGCAUUUUUCAGACAAAUUUUAUCAGGUUUGAAAUAUCUUCAUGAUCAUGAUAUAAUCCAUCGAGAUAUCAAACCAGAGAAUAUUUUAUUAGAUAUCACUCCUAAAACCAACCCCCAUCAAAAGCAAACAGGGCCAUGGGAUGAAGAUGAGCUUGAUGUACGUGUUAAAAUUGCUGAUUUUGGAUUAGCCAAGUUCAUUGGUGAAUUGAAAUUUACAAAUACAUUGUGUGGUACUCCUGCUUACGUGGCGCCAGAAAUAUUAACUCAUGAUUCCAGAAAGUACACCACAAAAGUGGAUUUAUGGUCACUGGGCGUGUUGUUAUAUGUUUGUUUAUGUGGAUUCCCUCCAUUUAGUGAUGAAUUAGGGCCACCAAAUAUGAAAGAACAAAUAUUAACCGGUCAAUAUGCUUUUUAUUCUCCUUAUUGGGAUGAUAUAAGUGAUGUUGUUUUGGAUUUGAUAAGUAACUUGUUGGUGGUAAAUCCUAGUGAGAGAUACAAUGUUGAGCUGACUUUAAGUCAUUUCUGGUUUAAUCAAAAGGAACCGGAACUUCUUCUUCCUAGUGAAGAGAGUCAAUUUGGAGAAGAUUCAUUACAAUCGAGCAGCAGUCAACCAUCACAAAUGAAACGUCUCAUGAUGAGAGCUAAUACCCAACCAUUGACUUUAAAAGAACAAUACGUAUCACAAUUGAAUUUUGCCAGUGGUUCUAAUUGA